AGUAGAGUUGUCAAAAUUUCAAAAUAAUCGAAAUUAAUCCAGACAAAUUGGGUGAAUACCACAUCCAAUUCUCUGUAAAAUGUCCAGACCACCGGCUGUUAGGGAGCGAAAGCCUGGGAUUGGGAGUAACCCCAAGUUGGGAUUUGAGGCCAGGAGGAUUUCGACUUCAAAGACUUCGGAUAGCGAGCCGAGUGGUUCGAGGAAAUAUCUGAAAAGUGGUCAAACUGUAAGGGUUCCUAUUGAAACUCAAGGAAGAAAUAGUAGCCUUCCGGAUUCUGGCUACGAUGCGGGUCUGGAUACCGAUGAUGCCAACGAUUACGACCCAGAUGAGAUGGCAAUCAAGCAUUCGAGGGAUCGCAGGCGCGCUAACUCUUUCGUUUACCCAGAACCGAUUCCAUCAAAUCGACUUGGUGGAUUUUUACGCGUCCUGGCUCGCAGUUUGCAUCAUUGUUCGAUGAGGAUUGCCGCCGGUUUUGGUUUGAGCCGCCAACAGGCCGGCUGGUACAAGAACUGCUGGAACACAAGACCGGACUCCCAGCCCAAGGGAAUCAAUCUGCUGUGUAGUCACAAGAAAAUUGAAGAACACUCUGCGCCAAAUUUGAAUUCAAACACAGAAACAGAACCACGAAAAAUUGGCAGUUCCACAACUCUUUGAGGUGAGUUGUUGUGUUUGGAGAAUGCAAAUUAGUGAAUACCGAGGCAGAGAUCAAGUUCAUUGGGUCUGGGUCAACUGCUCGGACACGAUGGCUUGUCGUCUAACGGAGAUCGGAGAUCACAACAAGUUGACUGACCUCUAACUGGAACGGUAACACAUCAAUCCGGAAGUUAUCUAUUCUGCAGAUGAUCCGCGGAUACUUCCGCUAGCCAUUGACCCAGUUUCUCCUUUGGAUUUUUGAUUAUUUCGAUUUUGGCAGACUCCGUUUGCCAAUGUCUGCAUAUGUGCUUGGGUUUAUUGCGUUUUUGGCCGAGAAAUCGCCAAAGAUAUGCGUGUGCAUAGACAUGUGUCUAGGGCAAAUCCGGCCACCUGCGAAUCGUGGCGAAAUUGCACUCGGUCACGUAGACAUCGGGCCUCCAUUUCGAUUACCCUUUUUUGCUUCAUAUUUUGCUUCAUAUUUUGCUUCAUAUUUUUGCGGGCGUGGCAAAAGGUGAUUAACAAAACGAGUCAGAACUUGGCAAUCGAAUUAAUGCGACUUGUUGGUACUGUUUUUAAUAAAAGCAUAUUGUGAUUUUGAAAGCUUUUUUUUUGUCUAUUAAUAAAAA